GCCUGGGCCCGGGGAGUGUCCCCGCCACCCCUCGGUUCCUGGCAGGGCCUCGUAGGGGGCAUUCCUAGCCAGCGUGGCUGCAAGACUAGCAAACCCUCCUCUCCGCCCGGUGGGGCCCCGCAAUGCGUUGCCAGCCCAACUCUGAGAGCCGGCUGUGGGGCGCACGCUGCGGGCGGACAGCCCCACGCCCUCCGGCUCCCGGGAGCGCAGCCCGCGGCCGCGCGCCCCAGCCCAGCUCCGCGGUGGCGGCCGGCAGAGAGAGCUUUGUGACGUCAGGCGGCGUCACGCGGGGCUGACCCGGCGGCGGCGGCGGCGGCGGUGGCGGGCGGGGGCGGCCUCCGGAGGCGGCGAGAGCAUGGAGCCGCGGGCCGGCUGCCGGUUGCCGGUGCGGGUGGAACAGGUCGUCAACGGCGCGCUGGUGGUCACCGUGAGCUGUGGCGAGCGCAGCUUCGCCGGGAUCCUGCUGGAUUGCACGAAAAAGUCCGGCCUCUUUGGCCUGUCUCCAUCUACUCUGCUGCCUCUGGCUGACAACCCCUCUGUCAUCAGCUGUCAUGGCCAGGGGCCUGAGGAGGGACCUGGAGAAGUGACACAGCCGGGAACAGGACCACUGCCUCCUCAGCACAAAGACCAAUCCCCUGAGAAGGAUCAGCCUCCCAAGACAGCUGGACCCGAGCUACCCCCACCUCUCAUACCCCCUCUGCCUGCUGGGAACCUGCCUCCCUUUCCACCCUACUUUGAGGGUGCCCCCUUCCCCCACCCACUAUGGCUGAGAAACACCUACCAGCAGUGGGUGCCGCAGCCCCCACCCAGGACCAUCAAGCGGACCCGGCGGCGACUGUCCCGCAACCGGGAUCCUGGCAGACUCAUUCUUAGCACGAUCCGCCUGCGGCCACGCCAAGUGCUAUGUGAGAAAUGCAAGAAUACUGUGAGUCCCCAGGAAGCCAGUCCUGGUCCCCUGACAACCUCCAGACCCCGCCGGAGGCUAGGCAGUGCCCCCGACAGCGAGCACCGGAAGCCAGAGGAACCGGAGGACAGUGACUCCAUAGCUGCUGCCCCGAGAAGGAGCAAGAGAGAGAAGCGGGAAGAGGAUAGGGUUCCCGGAGAGCGUGUUCCACGGAGCCCAGUCAUCAAGAUCUCCUACAGCACACCACAGGGCAAGGGUGAGGUGGUUAAGAUCCCAUCCAGAGUUCAUGGCUCUAUGGAGCCCUUCUGCCCUCAACAAUCCCUACAGAACGGCAGCCAGGACUUAGAGGUUGCAAGGGAUGUGGAGCCCAGGGGUGGUGGUGAUCGACCGCCCAGCGUGCCCAAGCUGAAGCUGACUCGUCCGGUGCCUCCCAUCUCAGACCUGCCGCCUCCCAAAAUCCGCUUGAAGCCCCACCGGCUGAGGGAUGGGGAGCAGGAGCCUCUGUACAGGGCUGAGCUGGUAGAGGAGCUGAAUGGAUGCCCACGAGGCCCCCUGAGCAGCUCUUCUGCCCUGUUUGCCGAUGGCUCUAACCAUGGGCUGGAGGACUUGUCUUCUGGAAGUUCUGGGGAGGACGAUGACCUCAAGAGGUUUCCUCAAAGUAAACACGGACGCAAUAGCUUGACUUUUCUCGUCGACUGCCCUGGGAGGAGAGCAGAUUGUACCAGUGAAUCUGUGUGCAGCACCGACAGCCUGGAUGAAUUGAAAUCAUCUGGUUCAGAAGUGACAUCUCCAGACAUAGGAGACCUGUCAUCUGGUGACAGUGCCUCUGUUCCUUCCUCUUCUGCUGACACUCGCCAGACAGUCCCUCCCCUCACGGUCAGGCUGCACACGCAGAGCGUCUCACAGUGUGUGACUGAAGAUGGCAGGACGGUGGCUGUAGGGGACAUUGUGUGGGGUAAGAUUCAUGGUUUUCCUUGGUGGCCAGCGCGUGUCCUUGACAUCAGCCUUGGUCAGAAGGAGGAUGGAGAGCCCUCUUGGCAAGAAGCGAAGGUCUCAUGGUUUGGGUCUCCAACUACAUCAUUCUUGUCUAUUUCAAAACUGUCCCCUUUCUCUGAAUUUUUCAAACUGAGAUUUAACCGUAAGAAGAAGGGGAUGUAUCGGAAAGCUAUAACUGAGGCUGCCAAUGCCACACAACAUGUGGCCCCAGAAAUAAGGGAGCUCUUGACCCAGUUUGAAAUGUAACUUUGGUUCCGGGAGCAGGUCACCGACAGUGAGGUUGGAGCUGCUGUCCUGGAACUUCCGUCCACGGGGCCCAUGUGCCUCUGGCUGGCUGUGUGCAGAAACCUGCUGGGCACAGCGGUCGGCCUGACUCCGGGUCCCCAGAGGAGCAGGUGUGCAUGGGGAGGAGCCCAGCUCAGGACACCUGGCUCCUCUCGGCUGAAUGUAUCUGUUCUUAUGACUCAGGCUUCAGCAUUCCUCGCUGGGAAGUGUCCUGGAGCUUGGUGACAUGUUUGCUGCUUUGUGUGUUAGCAGCUGCAAGGCUUAGGCAUCCUCAAACAGAAGCAGGGCCUUCUGCCCAGCUUGUGAGACUUCUGAGUGGGUGCUGGGCGUAGCUACAGGGCACCCUCCUGGGCCUGGCCUCGGCUAUUCAGCUAGAGCCAUUCUGCAGGCUUGAGGAAACCAAACUGCAUUGCACGUACGGGGUUCUCCUCCUUCAGCCCUUGGGUGUCGGGGCUCUGUGCACUUGAGCCAGGAGCCAGCCUAGUUGCAUCUCCUCCACAUUCCACUCAAAGCAUGGGUCCCUGGGCUCGCAGCCCUGGCCUGCAAGGCUGCCUAGGUCUGAGAUGCUGCUAUGUCGUCUACUGUGAGGGGGAGGGGGGGGAGGGCAGAACUGAAAACAGGCCUCAGGUUAGGACAUACCAGCUCUGCCCUGUGAGGCCGCAUUCCUUUCCCCUCUGUCACUUCCAAGACCAAAAAGAAAACAGAAAGAAAAGAAAACUGUCUCUGCCCCUUUGUUCAAGCCUGAAGAGGAAUAAACAGGAGUCUGGGUUGAGGAUCUUGCCUGGAUAGUCUCAAAACUGCACCUGCCUGACCUGUGAGAGAGGCUGUGACCCUCUAAUGGGAUAAAGGAGGGCCAAGGCCAUCCCUGUCGAGGUGGCUGGUCACCUGACCUGAUGGGAUGCAAAUCUGAAGCAGGCGCCACUCUUUGCUCUAGGUGGUGGUUUCCGUCUCCUGCCUCGGGCCUCCCUCCUGGUUUUCUGUUCCACCCUAAGUCCCUCAAGCAGAGGCUGGGGCCUGGAAUGGUUUGGCUCUUUUCUCCCAUGGAGCCUUCCAUCUCCCCUUUCUCUCUCUGCUCAAUUAGAGCUAAGGGACAUCCUGAGAUUGCGGUAGUGGCUUUUCUUGUUCCUGAUUUUAAUGGAAAACACUAUGGAUGUUGAGGGUGCCACAGCCCUCAGGAGGAACCUGUGGGCAAGGUGGGAGCACUGGCUGCCAUCGAGGUCUUCCCCAGGCACAGCAGAAGGAGGCUGGUGCAGAUCCAUUACUGACCAGCCCAAAGGCUGCACUAAUGGUGCCCUGAGGUUCAGGAUCUGCUCUUUGGAGUCAGGAGAAUGUUUUUCCAACUCCUUAUAGCAGCAAAGCCUUCGCCACAGUCAAGCCCUCCAGGAAGAAGCGACACCAGACACUUGUCCCCAAGAACCUACACACACACACCAUCUCUGCUUUCAGGGUCUCUCCCCACCAUCCUGGAGUCCCUUGUGUCCGGAGGGAUGUGUCUUAGUGAAUGGGAGAUUCUGGAGUUCCUUGUGCAGUCGGCCCGUAGCUAGAGCAACAGAUCUUCUCCCCAGCACCCCAGUGUCUGACCCUAAGAACCUUUAAAAAUUCACACUUAGAAGGGGGGAACUUGCACAAGAGGGGACUUGGGAGGAAUGAGAGCAGUCAGCCUUGCCAUUGUGCCCCACCACCCCUGUUCUAAGAGGAGGUGGAAGAGCCACCCACAACUGUUUCCUGGGCAUGGCCUCCCCACCUUUGGCCAACCAGGAGCCCUGCAGUCACAUGCUGUACCAUGUCCUUAGUUGUGCUUCCUCUCAGGGGUUCCCCAGCAGAGGCUGAGCUGGGGGAAUUCAUGCUUCCAAUUAUCUUGAGCCAAGUGGUCCUUGCCAUCCGGGCCUGGGACAGAGGUUUGUCUCUUCAAGAAGUCUGUUCUGCUGGGCAGGGGGUGGGGAUCUAUCUGAAGCAAACAGAACCAAGCAGAACCAUGUCUGUGCUUUGUGGAGUGCAUUAUACACCCUCAAGAGCAUUAGUUCAGAGCCGGGUAUGGUAGGCAGAAAGAUCUGACAGUAAGACUGCACAGUGAAACCCUUUCACAGAAAAAACCAAAAACAGAUCAGGAAAGGUCACUGGUACCUGCCCCCGGCUCUACAAAAGACUGAAGAAGGAAGCUAGCAUGACCUGUAAGCACUGUACACCCUGGCUACUCCCGCAGCAGCUUAAAGGGGUCUGGCCCUGCCUUCUGCCCAUAGCUGUCUAUAGCACCCACCUUUUUGAACCACAGGCCCUGGCUGAGCCCGGUAGCGCCCGAAGAGAGGAAGAUGAGGAGUUCCCUAUGCAGUCUGUCUCCAGGCACCCUCUUUUAGCCCAGUCUGUUGGGAAGGUACUGUUCUAGGGGCCCGGUGUCUCUGCUAAGGGAGUUUAGGCCCAGGAGCACCUGCCACUGGGCAGCUCUCAGCCGCACACGACCUUUUACUAGGCCAGAGCUCCUGACAGGACUUAGGCCAGUGACUGUGGCAUGGACUGGUGUCUGUGAAAGCAAGCUCUGUGUCAGAGCAAUGUGAAGACGACUCUUAGAACUCGGAUCUGGGCGUCAGAGGAUGGGGUCAGCUGUCAUCUCGCAUGUGCAGAGGGCUCUUGCAAGCUACCCUGCCUGGUUGGUCUCAGAGCAGACAGCUGUGGGUACCUUAUCCUAAGGAAUCGAGAGACCGCAGUGUGGGUACGGGGUGUCUCCGGAACACUUUCCCUGUGUAGUGGUCAAGGAGCCUGUACCUGUCCUAGACAGGGUCACUUGCUGUGAUUAAAAGCACGGAGGGGAGGAAAGGGUUUAUUUGGUUUACAUGUCCACACCACAAUCAUCGAAGGAAGUCAGAUCAGGAUCCUGGAGGCGGGAGCUGAUGUAGAGACCAUGGAAGGGUACUGCAUUCUGGCUCGCUUCCUCUGGCUGGCUCAGCUUUUUUUUUUCUUUGAUUAAAAAUUUUUUAUUAUAUUUUUUUCAUUUAAAAUGAUUUUUUUUUUUUUUUUUGAGACAGGGUUUCUCUGUAGCUUUUGGUUCCUGUCCUGGAACUAGCUCUUGUAGACCAGGCUGGCCUCGAACUCACAUUAAAACGAUUUUUAACUUUAAAUACUUUAAAUAUAUUUGAUCAUAUUCUUCCA